AUGUCAGACCACAGGCGAUCUGGGUCUCGAAGUCACUCGCGGAGAAGCAGAUCUCGAGGAUAUAGCCAAGGUUAUGAUGGUGUUCACGAAGAACCCAGCCGUGGCGAGAGAGACUGGUUCGAAGGCCGACGUGGCUUAGGAGGGAGAGGUGGUGAGAUGAUGGGCUGGGGUCGGAACGGUGCUGUCCGUCUCGACGACCCUCCCAGACCGCGAUGGGGGUGGGAUGGAUUCGAUCAGGAAAUGGACUUCCCAAGAUUCAUGGGUGGGAGGAGAGGUUCCAGUCGACCGGUAAGAUCCAGAAGAGCAGAAGAAAUGGACUCGUACGGUGGCCUCGGUGCAAUGGAUACGUCCGGAGGACUCGGGAUGGGCAGAAUGGGGAUGAGCGGUAUGCGGAUGGGAGGGAUCAUGGCAUUGGGAGGGGCCAUGGAGAUGGGGGGACCGAUGCCCAUGACAAUGGGCGGGAGGAACCCUCCAGGAAAUCCAAUGAUGGGCCGCAAUCCGUUCGACGCGCCUCAAAUCUUCGACUCCCACAGUUUCAACCGCCAACCAUCUCCAAACGACACGAUGCUCCCACCCCGCCAGCAAGUAAUGCGGCCUAGAUGCGGGAUGGAGCAGCUCAGAUCGCCCCUGAUGGGCGGCAGGCAGAAUUUCAUGGAAGGGUAUCCAGGACUCCGAUCUCCUCCUCCGGCGUCACUGGCGUCGGGAGGCAGCUUUGAUAUGCGGGCCAUGGACCGUCCGAGGAUGCCGUACGGCCCCAUCCACUACAGCCCGAUCAUGCAGAACCGGUUUGCGAAUUACCAGUCGCCGUACGUGGAGGAGUACGAGGGAAGCGAGAUGGAUGCGAGUAUGGCUCAGCAGGCCGCCAUGCAGCAGCAGCAGAUGAUGAUGAUGAAUGGUGGAGGCGGCAACCCUUUUCUUGAUGAGAUGCAGUAUGGCAAUGCUUAUGUUGGUGGUGGGAUGGGAGGGAUGGGAGGGAUCAAUAGGACGAAUGGGAUGGGGCAAAUGGGACAGGCAGGAGGCGGAAUGGGGGCAGAACAGAGAGCUUUCCCUCAACCCGUUAGCCAACCCAGGACUUUCCCAAACUAG